CGGGUGUUGGUGCAGAAGAGACGAUGCAUUCAUGAACGUCUGGUUUCUUCAGAAUCAGCUGAGAUCUUUGCUUCUGCAACAACAGUUCGUCUUUGCAGAUGCUUGACUGGAUGGUGAGGAGAAGCUGUUGAUCACCUCCUCUGACGGAAAUCAACCAAACCGAGGCGUCUGACUGUGACAGGAAGUCUGUGAAGCGUGAAGCUUUCCUGAACUCGUCUUUGGGUUCUUUUCUGGAUUCAAAUCACUUCUGCAAAUCUUCCUUUCUGCAGAGAUUGUUACACAUUUGAUAAAGUGUGAUAACAUUUUUUGAUCAUGAAAUCUUACUUUUGCUAUAAAAACUUGUGACUUGUGAGGAAAGUCCCUCCAAUAAUCAGAAAUACCACCAAUCGUUGGUGAAGCCACACCCACCCCCCAAGACACAAAAUAGUCAGCAUAAAAGAAAAAGUGAAACAAAAAUAUUCUCUCCUGAAAGACGAAGAGUCGCCUGAUGAUCUGAGACAGGAAAACAGAGACCACUAUGAGUGGAAUCCAGUUUCAGUGGAUUGACAGCUUUCUCCCUCAAGGGUUGUCUUACCUCAACACCCCUCAGCCUAGUGAUGGUCGUACCUAUGUCAUGUACCACGGCACCACCCGGGAGUGUGCUGACAGCAUCCGUAACAAUGGUUUUCGGCGGUCUUCCAAAGGGAUGCUGGGUCCGGGGGUCUACCUCAGCAGGGACCUGGAGAAGGCCAGACGAUAUCCCAUCGACCACCCAGAUGAGGACAGGGUCAUCAUCAAAGUGAAGGUCAACGUGGGACGCAUCAUCGUCAUCACGCACCAGAACCACCCCCUCCAGGAGACCUGGAGCUCCAACGGGUAUGACAGUGCCUGGGUGCCGCCCAACUGCGGGAUGGUGAAGAGCGGCCUGGAGGAGAACUGCAUCUGGGAUCCAAGUCGAAUCCAAGUCAUUGAAAUCAUCAAACCGAACUUUCUCCCUCAAGGGUUGUCUUACCUCAACACCCCUCAGCCUAGCGAUGGUCGUACCUAUGUCAUGUACCACGGCACCGCCGGGGCCAAUGCCAACAGAAUCCGUAACAAUGGUUUUCGGCGGUCUUCCAAAGGGAUGCUGGGUCCGGGGGUCUACCUCAGCAGGGACCUGGAGAAGGCCAGACGAUAUCCCAUCGACCACCCAGAUGAGGACAGGGUCAUCAUCAAAGUGAAGGUCAACGUGGGACGCAUCAUCGUCAUCACGCACCAGAACCACCCCCUCCAGGAGACCUGGAGCUCCAACGGGUAUGACAGUGCCUGGGUGCCGCCCAACUGCGGGAUGGUGAAGAGCGGCCAGGAGGAGAACUGCAUCUGGGAUCCAAGUCGAAUCCAAGUCAUUGAAAUCAUCAAACCGAAGCUUCUGCGAGCCCUUUCUCUAACCCCUUCUCUAACCCGUUCUCUAGCCCCUUCUCUAACUUCUUCUAUGAGCCACUUUUUGAGCCAUUUCUCAAGUCCCCUCUGGGGCUUUUUCUCUACCCCCUUCUGGAGCCAUUACCUAGCCUCUUCUCCAGCUACUUUUAUCUAUUUUCAAGGUUAUUUCAUUUCUAAUAAUGGACACCUCGUAGGGCCUUAUCCCUUAAGUCCAUCACACUGCUAUGAUAAAAACUUUACAGUCUCUCAGUCAUGGCAAUGCAUGAGCAGAUAUGAAUGGGCUGAGGAUGAUUUCCUGCCUGUAGGAGUGACUCGCCUCACAACAGACGAGCCCGAAAAUGGCCGUACCUACGUCAUGUACCACGGCACCACCCGGGAGAGUGCUGAGAGCAUCUGGGAGAACGGUUUUCAGCGGUCUUCCAAAGGGAUGCUGGGUCCGGGGGUCUACCUCAGCAGGGACCUGAAGAAGGCCGAACGAUAUCCCAUCAACCACCCUGAUGAGGACAGGGUCAUCAUCAAAGUGAAGGUCGACGUGGGACGCGUCAUCGCCAUCAGACACCAGAACCACCCCCUCCAGGAGACCUGGAGCUCCUAUGGGUACGACAGCGCCUGGGUGCCGCCCAACUGUGGGAUGGUGAAGAGCGGCCUGGAGGAGAACUGCAUCUGGGACCCCUGUCGCAUCCACAUCCUGAAUCUCAUUAAACCGCAGCUGCUGCCUCAUCUCAACGCCAGCAUGAGCAGAUAUGAAUGGGCUGAAGAUGAUUUCCUGCCUGACGGGGUUUUUCGCCUCACUACUGAAGAGCCUGAAGAUGGUCGUACCUACGUCAUGUACCACGGCACCACCCGGGAGAGUGCUAAGAGCAUCUGGGAGAACGGUUUUCAGCGGUCUGCAGAUGGGAUGCUGGGUCCGGGGGUCUACCUCAGCAGGGACCUGGAGAAGGCCAGACGAUAUCCCAUCGAGCUGGAGGACGACGAGGACAGGGUCAUCAUCAAAGUGAAGGUCAACGUGGGACGUGUCAUCGCCAUCAGAUACAAGAAACACAAACUCAGGAAGACCUGGAGCUCCUAUGGGUACGACAGCGCCUGGGUGCCACCCAACUGUGGGAUGGUGAAGAGCGGCCUGGAGGAGAACUGCAUCUGGGACCCUAGACGGAUCAAAGUCAUGAGACUCAUCAGUCCUCAGCUGCUGACUUCUUCUCCAGAAGAUCCUGAAGAUGGUCGUACCUACGUCAUGUACCACGGCACCACCCGGGAGAGUGCUGAGAGCAUCCGUAACAAUGGUUUUCGGCGGUCUACAGAUGGGAUGCUGGGUCCGGGGGUCUACCUCAGCAGGGACCUGGAGAAGGCCAGACGAUAUCCCAUUGACCACCCUGACGAGGACAGGGUCAUCAUCAAAGUGAAGGUCAACGUGGGACGUGUCAUCGUCAUCAGACACCAGGACCACGACCUCCAGAAGACCUGGAGCUCCCAGGAGUACGACACCGCCUGGGUGCCGCCCAACUGUGGGAUGGUGAAGAGCGGCCUGGAGGAGAACUGCAUCUGGGAUCCUAGACGGAUCCACAUCCUGAGUAUCAUCGGACCACAGCGAUUCUAAGAUGAUUAAAUUUCACGUAGACUUCUAAGAUGAGGUUAAUCUUUAUUGUUCAAAUGUGAUUCUUUUAUUUUAGAAAAAUAAUAAACAGAUUUAAUAUCCGU